AUGGCAGCAAACGGCCCUUCUACAUCGGGGACAAAAAGUAUCCGGCAGACGGAUGAAACCAAUGCCGACACGGACGGCGAGGACGAGGUAGGUCACAACGACUAUAUACAGGAUGACGUUUACAAUCCUCCGGUCGCAUCUGACGAGGAACCGGACCAAGAAGAGGCCGGUAAUCAUUCCGAUAGUGAAAUAGAAGAGGACGAGGACUCUGAAAUCGUUCCACCCACAUGGUGCACUACCACACCCGGCAUGCAUCAAAUCGAAUUUACUAGAGGAGACACGUUGUUGGUUCCUAUUCCGGGUGAGGGGAGGCCUAUAGACUUUUUCAGGCUCCUAUUGGACGAUGUAAUGGUCGAAAGAAUGUGUUCAUUUUCAAACAAAUACGCAUUCGAGGUUUUUAACAAGCCUAAUCUUCAACCCAAGUCCAGGAUAAAUCGUUGGAAGGAUGUUCAAGUCGAGGAAAUGAUAAAAUUUAUUGGUCUCAUCCUACACACUGGGACUAUCAGACUCAACCGCUUACAAGAUUACUGGAAGACAGAUUUCUUGUUCAAUAUGCCGGUGUUUCGUUCCUACAUGUCUAGGGACAGGUUUCUGUCCAUCCUUAGGUGUUUACAUUUUUAUGGUUCGACACAACAAAACGACCCUUUGGAGAAAGUUAGAUACCUUGUAGAAUUCUUCAAUAACAAAAUGAGAGAAAUCUACUACCCUCAAAAAGAACUCUCACUCGGCGAGGCGCUGGUACUUUGGCGAGGGAGACUGUACUUUCGCCAGUACAUAAAAGGCAAGCGACACAAGUACGGGAUCAGAUUAUACACCCUGACUGAGCACCAAGGGCUCAUCCUCAAAUUUGCCGUCUACACAGGGAGAGAUGAUAAAAGUAUCGGAGGCAAAGGCCAUACCGAAAAAGUAGUCCUCUAUCUACUAAAAGACUAUUUGAACAAAGGCCAUGCCGUGUACAUGGAUAAUUUCUACAACAGCUAUCAACUCGCAUCAAAGCUCCUCGCGAACGAUACGUAUUGUACCGGCACACUGCGGGCCAACAGGAAACACAUUCCUGAUGUAGUAAAAUCCACAGUGCUUCAUAAAGGUGAGAGCAUCGCCCGCUACAGUAACGGCGUAAUGUGCGCUAAAUGGAAAAAUCAAAGAGAGGUUAUGUACAUAUCAACGGAGUUUGACAAUGAACAGGUGGAGUUCGUCGGUAAAGGGGAUCAGAAGAAGAGUAAACCUCACGCGAUAGUAAAGUAUAACUCGCAUAUGUCGGGGGUGGACAGAACAGACCAGAUGUUGUCCUACUACCCCUGCGAUCGUAAGACACUGAGGUGGUACGAAAAGAUAACCAUACACACUAUUCAGAUGAUGCUGUUGAAUUCGUUCACGCUGUACAAUAUGUCCAGGCCGAGAUUGACCUACUACGACUUCAGGCUCGAAGUGAUCCGUUGUCUUCUGGGACCUAAUCCACUCGCGCCGAUUGAAUCGCCCGCACAGAAACGGCUGAGGCAGUCUAUGCACGAGCCUGUAAAAAUAACGGAGAAAAACAAGGACAACCGUACCAUCAGGAAACGGUGUCGUCAGUGCACCGUAACCGGCAAAUACCAAAGAAGUCUGUUUGUUGUGGCGUUUGCCCGGACAAACCGGGCUUAUGUCCGGGCAAAUGCUUCAGUGAUUAUCACAACGCUCGAUAAACAAUAA